UUAUUCAGAAAGGAUAAGAUACCAUACAGCUGCUUUUCUCUUCUUCCCCUCUUCUCCUUCAUUUGAAUUUGGCACCAAUUCUCUCCCUCGCAGCCAUGGGCAUGGCUUCUGUUGUCCACAACGGCGUACACAUUCCUCUGAAGCUCAGUUCACGCUUGCCUAGGGUUUCAUCACCAUCUCCAGCCCCAAAGUGGGCUAGGCCUCACUUAAUUCACCUUCAUAUCCCUCGCAUCCGCACAGGUGGUCACAGUCGUCGUGGCCAAUCUGCGCCGAUUGCACGUUCUAGAACAACUGAGCAAGAUGAUGAUUUAUCCACUUCAGAAGGUGAGAGGGUCGAUUCUCAGUCACAUGAUGACAUUGGUGAUGUGGACACCUCUCACACUUCCUCUCCAGAGAAAACGCAGGGACGUGAAGCUUAUGUUUCUUCCGUAAGAACUGUAGCCUUGUGGGUGUGCGCUGCGGUAGCAUUUGGUGUCGGUUUGGGUUUCAAAGAUGGAGUUGGCAAGGCAACGGAGUUUUUUGCUGGGUAUUUGCUGGAGCAAAGCUUAUCAGUGGACAAUCUGUUUGUCUUUGUUCUGAUUUUCAAGUACUUCAAAGUGCCAAUCAUGUAUCAGAAUCGGGUGCUUUCAUAUGGUAUUGCUGGUGCAGUCGUCUUUCGUUUCACAUUAAUACUCCUAGGAACAGCCACACUGCAGAGGUUUGAGGCGGUGAAUCUUUUCCUGGCUGCAAUACUCCUUUACUCAUCCUUCAAGCUAUUUACCAGUGAAGACGAUGACACUGAUCUAUCCAACAACUUUGUUGUGAAGACAUGCCAGAGAUUUAUCCCUGUCACGUCGAGUUAUGAUGGCAAUAAAUUUUUCACAUUUCAAGAUGGCGUGCAAAAGGCCACACCUUUACUUCUCACGGUAGCAGUUAUUGAGCUCAGUGAUAUAGCAUUCGCUGUCGACUCCAUACCAGCAGUUUUUGGUGUUACUCGGGAUCCUUUCAUAGUGUUCAGUUCCAAUCUUUUUGCCAUCGUAGGUUUAAGAUCACUUUACACACUCAUUUCUGAGGGUAUGUCAGACUUGGAGUAUUUACAGCCAUCAAUUGGUGUUGUUCUGGGCUUUAUCGGGUGUAAGAUGAUCCUGGAUUAUUUUGGGUUCCAUGUAUCAACGGAGGUGUCUCUUGGCUUUGUAGCUACAAGUCUUAGUACUGGGGUGCUGUUAAGUCUAAUGAAGAAGUCUGACUAGCUCAAGAAGCCAUUCAAGCUCAGGGCAGCGAGGAAAGCAAUGAUGAAAUCUUCGCAAGGUUGAAAGAAGAAAGUGUUUCUUUCGUUCUUGCAAAGCUUUGGACCAUGCACAACAACGAUAAACCAGGAAGGCUAUUUCAUCCAUGAUUAUUUGGGGGAAUCAACCCAAUCAGUUCUGUAAGAGAUAGCUUUCAUUUGGUUAUAAAUUGUAAUGAGAAGCAGUGGGAUGGAUGGAAAUAAAAAUGUCAAGUCUCUAUAUAGCAUAUGCUACUGUAAUUCCUUUUA